AUGCUGGUCACCUGGAAUGGAUCCAGCGAAGACACCAACAACACUGCCUUCACGUAUAUCGUAGAGGCGAAACUCGCAGUGCCAAACUUCCAUGUUGUUGGGGUCUGCACCAGCAAGGGAACCCUCGUCUGUAGAACCCUGCAUCUCGACCCAAACACAACCUACAUUGUGACUGUGAGGGCGUGUACUGAAAUGGAUCACUGCAGUGCACCAUCGACGCCCAUUCAGGCGACAACCUUGCCUUCAAGACCACUCGGGCUCACCGUCGGCAUCGCGACCUCGACCAGCAUUCAGGCUGUCGUGGAACCAACAGUGGGAGAUAGGGGCAUGAAUUACCAGUACGUAAUUAUAGCGGAGUCGGCCGACAGCACGCAGUCCUGUAUCGCCGUAGACACCAGCACGGCACAGCCCUCCUGCCAACUGUCUGACCUGCAGCCAAACGCCCCAUACAAUUUGACCGCUCAAGCCUGCACUUUGGAAUUAUUUUGCAGUCUGCCUACCGAACCAACCUCCGCGCAUACACUGCCAAAUGUUCCCGAACAGAUAAGUGUGACAAAUGUUACGGCGACGACAGCCACAGUCUACUGGCUGCCGAUGCCCACUAUUGCAGACGACGACCACAACGACACCUAUAAUUACGUCGUGACCUACAGUGCCGGUAGGGUCCCGUCAGACGAAGAGGGGAUCAGCACAAGUUCACUCACUCUGAAGGACACUCCAUCGUAUCACUUGCAAAAUCUCCAACCGAAUAUGCACUACGCCAUCACAAUUAAGCGCUGUACUACAGCAGGCCGGUGCAGUCACCCCUCAGGAGCAGUUCUGGCUAUAACCCUUCCGGAUGCCCCUCAACAGGUUUUCAUUAGCGAGGUCACAGCGGACAGCGCUCGCAUCUCCUGGGAUGCUCCAGCCCACGGUGGAAGCGUCAACCUCAGUUACAUCGUUCGUGUCGUCGGAACGAACGACGACGAGGGCGAAGUACAGACCUGCUCUCCGUCAGCUGAAGACAGUGCGUUGAGUUGUGUUGUGGACAAUCUACGACCCGGUCAGGACUACGCGACCGCCGUCACCGCCUGCGCUGAGCCAGGUCGAUGCAGCCUUCCCAUCGCUAAGGAGCCUCUCCACACCCUACCCGCCUCUCCGAGCCAAGUGCAGGCCCUAAAUGUGACUGCACAAAGCUUGCUCGUCUCCUGGCAAGUUAACCAUUCCAGCGACCUUCAUCGCUGCACGGCCACAGCCCAUCCAGCAAACGGCGACGGUGCAGAACUGACCUGCAGCCAGCAGUUUUCCCCCAGAGACAACAGUACUGAGCACUUUCUUUGCACAAUCAACGGUCUGCAGUCCGACACUGCCUACAACCUCACUGUGGUGGUGUGUACUUCCGCGGACAUUUGCAGCCAGCCCUCGCAGGCAAUUUCAACAACUACUCUGCCGCAAAGUGAGUGUGUGUGUGUGCCAUUUGUUCCGUAA